CCCACCCCCUCCCCCUCUGCAAAGCUUCACCCCUGCCCUUCUCCCUCUCUCGCUUUCGCUCACUGCCCUGCCUCUCUCGCUCCGUCACUCCCUCCGUCGCCCUCGCCGUCGGCGGCUCGCCCUCGCUCUCGCCUCGCCGGCUCUCCCUCUGUCGCUCGCCGGCUCGCCGGAUCGCCCUCGUGGCCGGUGGCUUGCUCUUGCCUCUUGCUCCGUCGCUCUCUGUCGCUGGUGGCUCGCUGCCUCAGGGACCCAAAAUCUCAGGUACGACACUGCCGCCGGAGCAGUCGCAAAGGGGAUUCCGCAUUGACUCGUCCCCGGCACCGGCAGGGGAGGAAACAGCCGCGCGCGACGGGCAAUUGAGAACUUCACGGCUCUCGUCAUGAAACUGGCCGCCUCCGAUCCCUCCAAACCCCUGACGCCCGGUCGGAAGGCAGUCAUCGAGAAACACCUCCGUAACUGCUUCACCGAGUUUCGCACUCCCAAACAUCCUACCUACGCUGCGAUGAUAUACAAGGCACUAUUGGGACUGAAGGAUGAUGGAGGCUCCACUGAGGGAUCCAUAUCAGAGUUUAUUAGGAAGGAGUAUGACAAUUUGCCUUGGGCUCAUUUCACUUAUCUGAAACAUAAUCUAAAGAAGCUUUGUGAUAGUGGUGAGAUUGUUAUAACUAGUAGCAACCGUUAUUUGCUUGCUGAUGGAACCAUGGGCCUUAAUUCUGGUCUUUGCUCUGGUCCUAAGCCAGAGUCGACAAAGCAGGUGCAGAAGCAUAAGGGGAAGAAAUUAAAUGGGCGAGCCAGCCAGGGUAGAAAGAAUAAAGUUAAAGAGAACAUUCAAUGCGAAGGAGAAUAUAUGGUAGUGUUUCAAGGGCCAAACCAAGUACAAGAUCAACAUGAUCAAGUGAUUGAAGAAUGGAAUAUACCAGUGGAACCACAUAACAAUCUGAUUGAAGAAUUAAGUGUGCUACAAGCUCGAAAGCUAGACAAACAAAGUAUUCUCAUUGGAAAACAGAACCAACCUGAAGAACAGGUCAUGGGUUUAGAGCAUAUAGAGCCAAAUCAACUAGAAGAUGCAAGCCCUGAAAGAUCUCCCGGGUUUGAGUUUGUGACAGUUCAGGAAUUGUCCAAGUUACAGGAGAGACCACUUCUAGAAGGGUCUCCAUUACUUUGUUCUCAGCAGAAGAAUCCAAAAACCCACCUGGAAACAAGGAGGAUACCUGUUGAUAUGCCUUUCAAUGCAGAGCAGCUUAAUGAGGAGAAGCGAUGUGAGCAAAUAUAUUUAAAGGUGCCUCAAGGUACACCUGAUACAUUCUUGCCUCCUUCGACAUCAAAAAAGCCUGCAGGUUUAGCUACAGAUGCAUAUUUGGUUGAGCAAGAGCAGCAACCAAUGUCCUCGAACCAAGAGAUGCAGAUAGAGCUUGAGCUAGCGACAACAGAGAGACUAUCUCGAACAGAGAGGAUAAUAUCGGAGGUGCAACACCAACAGGUGUUGGAUAAGCCACAGUGCAGACAAUUACGCCAACGGCCUCCUAAAUUUGAAGCUGCUGCUACAAUUACAAAAGAUGAAUGGUUGGCUCAAAGCCAUCGGCCCAGGGCGCAUCACUAUCUGGAGAAUAUGCAGCCCCCAAAUAGAGGAAAGCUGCAGCAGUUGAAACAGGCACUGGCAGAGGAAUCAACUCAAGGAGAGAAACAGCGAUCAAAACUCAACAGUAGGCUGAAGUUGCUUUUUUCUUUUCCAGAACGAGCAAAGAGUUGUAUUGAUUCACAGAGAGAGCCUGGGCAUCAAACAGUAAUUUCAAGUUCUGAAAGCGCAGAGGGUCAGUGGGACAAACAGUUACAGAAAAAGCCAUGCCGUGGGCAGUCACAGACUUUGCACCCCAAAUCUGAAGCAACUGCCACUGCAACUCCAUUAGAGCCUACACAAGAUCAGGACAAGGAGCAGCAACACCCAGCUCCAAAAAGAUGUCGGCGAUGUUGUAAGUCUUCACAUAAUUCUGAGCAACAGCAUCUGGAGCAAACAAGGAGUGAAACCCGAGGAAGGUCUCCUAACCAAAAACCAGGUGAUGCAACAAGCAACAAUUUGUUGCUUUUGGAGAACCAGUUGCAAACAUACAAGCGCAGGGGCAAGGAAAGACAACAGAGGCUGGACAAAGUAAAAUGACACAAACCUGGUAGGUCAACAUUGCUUAUGCUUUCCACUCCCACCUAGAUGAAAUUGAUGGGCAUAAAUGAGGCAAAAAGUAGCCUUGGCUGGUGAGUUCCUCACAGUUAGCAAGAACUCUGAUUGCCUUCAUUGAUAUUUACAAUCCCUAUUGAUAUCUUGGCUUGCUGUUUUGAUCAGUUUGUUUCCUUGGGUUGCAGCCUAAAACUGUCCUAUUAUUAUGUACUGUCUGUUUUACAUAGGUCUGCCAUUAAAUUCAUCCAAAUAUCCAUGAUGCACUUCUUAAUUUGUGUGGCUAACUAACAUGUGGAGCUAGGACAAACAGAAUUGGAGAUUUUCACUGAAUUCCAGAAGGAAUUCAUCACUUUUAGCAUUGCUUUCCGUUGAUUGGGCUGGGACUACAAAAUUUCCUAGUUUUGGUUGGGAAAAUAGAAGUUAAAUUUUGACUUCUGCUGUUUCUGCAUCUAUAUAUUGCUAACUGUGACUUUAUUCCAGCAGCCCAUUGUUAUUUAUUACUUUUGGCAUAAACAUUGCAGACUAAGUGGCUGUGAAGUAAAUGCCUUUUCUUUAAAUCAAACAUCCUAAAUGGAAUGUUUGUCAUAUUUCUUGUGUUUUAUUGCUAUAACUUAAUCAGUGUCCUGCAGCACCUUUGUGGAUUGCGAUCAAUCUUCCAGUUUUCAGCCCAACAGAUGAAUGCCACAAUUACUGUUGUGUGCCAUAUUAAUGCUUAUAUUGGGUACGCAGACAUGAGUGUUGGUUCUUUUGAUUUUCCAUGAUGGAGACAUUGUCUUAGAUGAAGAGUAAGAGUCAGGUGGAACUGUAUUUUCUCUGCUGCUUUUGUCGAAGAUAACCUUUUGGGAGGUGGCCUCCAGGAUUGUGUUCGAGUUACCUUUACACUUUUGUUAAUUCUAUUUCUGGAAAGCUAGUUAUGUUAUUCGCCUUCUUCUUUGAUACCACGUCAACAAUCCACUGCAUACAUUGAAGUCCUUAUGCUAUAUAUUUGUUGAGGCUUUAACAGGCAGCACAUAAAGCUAGAACUGAAGAAAGCAAGGAUUGACAUGCUAUUCACAUUUGUUAAGUUGAUUUUCUCCUUAUUUA